CACACCCAGUCCCCCUCUGGCAUUUAUCACAAAACCCCAGCUUGAUCCUCUGCUUCUUCUUGUUUUUUCUCUCCCUCUUCACCACCACCUUCAUACCAGUCACUCUUUUCGGCUUUCAGCCUACCACACUCUUUUUUAUACUUAAUAAUUUUAGGUUGCUUUACAGCUUCUUAUUAUCCAACCCCGUCUCUCUUUUUCCUUCGAUACAAUUACUAUAUACCGUAAUUCCUAAAUCCAGCCUUCAAAAUGCAGUUCACCAUCUCCGCCGCCGCCCUCAUGGCCUUCGCCGCCAAGGCCCUCGCCCAGGUCGCCGACUUCGACCCCGUUCUCACUCCCACCAACUGGGAGGAGGUCUCCGCUGGCAAGACCCUCGAGAUCACCUGGCAGGCCAAGCCCAAGUACUCCGGCGAGAAGAUCUCCAUCUCUCUGAUCGGUGGUGCUACCCAGAACACCCAGGUCCCCAUCAAGACCAUUGCCACUGGCAUUGACAACGACGCUGCUUCCUACAGCUGGGCCAUUGACUCCACCCUCGGAGACCAGAACGUCUACGGUCUCGUCCUCAAGCUCGAGAGCAACCCCGAGGUUUUCCAGUACUCUUUCCCCUUCAAGAUCGAGGGUGCCAAGAAGUCCGAGGACAAGCCCUCUCAGACCAAGAACGACUACGAGGUCCCCUCCUCCGUCGCCCCUAAGCCUACCAAGCCCGCUUACCCCGUCCCCGAGACCACCGUCGUUGCUGUUUCCGAGACCGUCACCGUCCCUUGCAACAACACUGCUGGUUCUCCCACCACCUUUGUCCCCGUUGUCAAGACCCACUACCCUGCUCCUCCCGCUCCCCCUGCCAACAACGGCACUGCUCCCAACCCUCCCGUCUACACCCACCCUGUUCAGCCUCCUGUUGUUCCUACUCAGCCCGCUGGCCAGCCUCCCGUCUAUGGUCAGCCCACCCCUACUCCGGUCCCCGUCUCUGGUGCUGCCCGCUUCGGCGCUCCCAUUGCCGUUGUUGCUGGUCUCGUCAUGGCCGCUUUCGCUCUGUAAGCGAGGCCGCGCACCAAUCUAAUCUUUGGUUCCUGCGUGGCGUCAUGACUUCAUGACUGCAUUUUAGAGGGUUUCUCGUUUCUUCAGGUAUGGAGCAGUCUGGGUAUAUCAGGCCUUUGCGCACAUACGUUGCUUCUUUUGUUGGUAUCUACGAGUUGGAAGGUUUUCUGGAUUGUUAAUGUAUUGAGGAAAAACUAUAAAACCCACAUGGGUUGUUUGUCUUGAUCAAGUUCCCCUGAUGUAGCUGCCAUGUGUUCCUUCGCCGCUACGUCUAAUAGACAUAUGACCCAGCUUUUGUUUUCCCAAGAGAUUCCUGUCGACUAGUGUUAUUGCUACAAUACCCAUUUCUUUUCAACACCCACUAAAUCAUGCUUUGUGUUCAACUAUGAUGAGUGAUACAGUCGCUAAUUUGCUCGUAUGGACAUAAGGAUUUUCGUAGGAUGAAACGGCCAGCAUGUACCCUUGGGUGCAUAUGUAUUUAGAGCGGCACUUGGUUAAUCUAACGUAUAUACGGAGCACUGCAGAUCAGGUUCUUUGUGCAGAACAAACCGAGCAUCUGCUUAUUAUUAUCCUCUAUAUUGAUAUUGGACUUGCUUGUCUACAUGUCCUUGUCAUGCCAGGUUCCCUUCUCGUUUUGCAGAAAGUUGAGACGAGUUGACCCAUUAGUUCCCUGACGUCGUCUCGUCUCCAUCAUAUGCUAUCUACACACCCACCUAAUAAUGAGGCCCUACGGCUAACAGGAACGUCAAGGCAUUGCAAAGCUGUCAAUGUUCGUUUAAACCGUUACCGGGAGUGGCGGCCUUGGCAUGAGCUUGAAGCCUCAUACCACGGCCCUCGGGCUGGAAUGUAGAUGCUGUGAGAGGGUAACUAAAGAUAGGUUGAUGGCGUUUAAUUUGCU